CCACCGCGCCGCGCCCCGCGCAGGGCCGGCGCCCGGUCACACCCGCUCUGCUCCCGCCCCGGCUCACGGGGCGACUGCGGCGCGGGCUCCUGCCUCUCUCGGCGGGUGAGGGGCGCGCGGAUCCGGAGAGGGGGCUCCGCGAGCGGCGGGACCACGCAGCCACCUGUGAGCCUUCCGCAGCUGCGGGCGGCGGCGGCGUGCCCGGCCCGAGACGGGAGGAGACGCUCGGCGGCCCCCGCCCGCCGGCCCGCUGGGCGCACAUUCGGGCGCACACACUCGCACCCGCGCACGCACCGCCAGCAGGCAGCGGCCACCGCCGCGAUGCUCGCCCGCGGGUUGGGGAAGUUUCCCGCCGGCCUCGGCCGCGGGCGCCCGUGCUCCCAGGUGUAGCGCCCCCGCGCGGCGCGGGCGGCCGGCGCCUCCAGCAUGACCGGCCAGAGCCUGUGGGACGUGUCGGAGGCCAACGUCGAGGACGGGGAGAUCCGCAUCAACGUGGGCGGCUUCAAGAGGAGGCUGCGCUCGCACACGCUGCUGCGCUUCCCCGAGACGCGCCUGGGCCGCUUGCUGCUCUGCCACUCGCGCGAGGCCAUUCUGGAGCUUUGCGAUGACUACGACGACGUCCAGCGGGAGUUCUACUUCGACCGCAACCCUGAGCUCUUCCCCUACGUGCUGCAUUUCUAUCACACCGGCAAGCUUCACGUCAUGGCUGAGCUAUGUGUCUUCUCCUUCAGCCAGGAGAUCGAGUACUGGGGCAUCAACGAGUUCUUCAUUGACUCCUGCUGCAGCUACAGCUACCAUGGCCGCAAAGUAGAGCCCGAGCAGGAGAAGUGGGACGAGCAGAGUGACCAGGAGAGCACCACGUCUUCCUUCGAUGAGAUCCUUGCCUUCUACAACGACGCCUCCAAGUUCGAUGGGCAGCCCCUCGGCAACUUUCGCAGGCAGCUGUGGCUGGCGCUGGACAACCCCGGCUACUCAGUGCUGAGCAGGGUCUUCAGCAUCCUGUCCAUCCUGGUGGUGAUGGGGUCCAUCAUCACCAUGUGCCUCAAUAGCCUGCCCGAUUUCCAAAUCCCUGACAGCCAGGGCAACCCUGGCGAGGACCCUAGGUUCGAAAUCGUGGAGCACUUUGGCAUCGCCUGGUUCACAUUUGAGCUGGUGGCCAGGUUUGCUGUGGCCCCUGACUUCCUCAAGUUCUUCAAGAAUGCCCUAAACCUUAUUGACCUCAUGUCCAUCGUCCCCUUUUACAUCACUCUGGUGGUGAACCUGGUGGUGGAGAGCACACCUACUUUAGCCAACUUGGGCAGGGUGGCCCAGGUCCUGAGGCUGAUGCGGAUCUUCCGCAUCUUAAAGCUGGCCAGGCACUCCACUGGCCUCCGCUCCCUGGGGGCCACUUUGAAAUACAGCUACAAAGAAGUAGGGCUGCUCUUGCUCUACCUCUCCGUGGGGAUUUCCAUCUUCUCCGUGGUGGCCUACACCAUUGAAAAGGAAGAGAACGAGGGCCUGGCCACCAUCCCUGCCUGCUGGUGGUGGGCUACUGUCAGUAUGACCACAGUGGGGUACGGGGAUGUGGUCCCAGGGACCACAGCAGGAAAGCUGACUGCCUCUGCCUGCAUCUUGGCAGGCAUCCUCGUGGUGGUCCUGCCCAUCACCUUGAUCUUCAAUAAGUUCUCCCACUUUUACCGGCGCCAAAAGCAACUUGAGAGUGCCAUGCGCAGCUGUGACUUUGGAGAUGGAAUGAAGGAGGUCCCUUCGGUCAAUUUAAGGGACUAUUAUGCCCAUAAAGUUAAAUCCCUUAUGGCAAGCCUGACGAACAUGAGCAGGAGCUCACCAAGUGAACUCAGUUUAAAUGAUUCCCUACAUUAGCCGGGAGGACUUGUCACCCUCCACCCCACAUUGCUGAGCUGCCUCUUGUGCCUCUGGCACAGCCCAGGCACCUUAUGGUUAUGGUGUAAGGAGUAUGCCCAGCCCCUGAGGGGAGAGAUGCAUGGGAUAUGCACCCAGGUUUCUUUUACAGUAUUUAGAAUCGUUUUUAGAGGGUGGUGUGUCUGACACCAUGCCUUUGCACCUUUCCAUGAAAUGACACUCACUGGUCUUUGCAUCGUGGGCAUAAAAUGUUCACCUUUUUGCCAGAUGAGUACACCCAGAAUGCUAAUUUUUCUGUCCAUCGUGUACGCUAUUCUAGUGCUUGUGGCCCAGUACUGUCUAUGAGUUGUCGUGCUCCUGUUUCUGAGGUUGUCGUGUGAGUUCUGUACAAAAAGCCCCCACAAGUCUGUCCAGUGGAAAUGCAUCUAUGAGGUCAGCAAGGAUAUGAUGAGAUUUUGCUCACAGUCAUGUGAAAACAAAAUCUCAGCUCUUUAUCCAUUGCUUUCACUUAGUUUUAGUACCAAAACAAAGAGAAUGCAAA